AUGCUAAGUUUGCGCAAGUUGAUGCGCAAACCGCGUAUCGACGACUGGUCUCCUUUAGCGAAGUUUUAUUACGCUGAUGAAGCGCUUAUUGCUGUAGCAAAUGAGCUGGAUUCUUUUGAUGCACGUCGAGAUCCGGAACGUUGUAAUCAACUAGUUGCAAAAUUGCGUCAAGCACAGGACCGACUUUUACACAUUAUAUCUGAGAUGAUGGUAAUCGUAUUUCCUCGGGAAUCUGACAGGGCAUGCCGCGAUUAUCGAGUUAAAUUUCCUGAUGAAAUUAUCCAUGAUAACCUACCAGGACAGCUGUGGUUUGGUGCUGAGUGUUUGACAGCUGGGUCAAAUAUAAUCGAACAUGAGGCCGAGUCGGAAGUUAUUAGGCCAAUGGCUCGGGCACUUACUAAACAACUUGAUACUCUUCGAGAAAUACUGAAAGAUCAGUCGCUGAGAGACCCAACUCAGUAUUCCGACAAAAUUAAAUUAAAUUUGAAGGAGUUUGAUCGUUUAUUUGCUGAGUUUGAACUCAACUAUGUUAGCGCAAUGGUACCUGUGAAAAGCGUUAAAGAACACGAUUGCCAACUUGAUGUUGCUGUUCUUUUUUCAGAAUCGCUUGACAGGGCUUUAAAGCUGGGAUAUAUCACCCAGGAGCAUAUUGAUGACUGUGACCCGAAUGUGAUGAUUACCCUCCCUCGCUUAGCAAUAAUUUGCGGGUUGAUUUAUUUUCCCGAAGGAGCACUGAAUGUUGACGGACCAGCAGAAAACCUUUCAGAGAUGUUUCGGCCAUUCCACCAUUUGCUUAUUAAAAUUCGCGACCUACUGCGUGUGCUAACUGCGGAUGAGUUGCGUUCUGUAGAGCUUGCCUUGUGUAGUGGUGAUUCUUCUAAUACCAGUGACCAUGGUCUAGAUGCAACAACAUUUACAAUGAGUGAUUUCAGACAGAGGAACGUCUCUUCGUCAAGUACUAGUCUCUACUUCUUCAGAAUGAACGGUUGUGUGAACUCAUCUGCGCAGACUUUAUGUGUCUCAGAGGACUCAGAUGAUGCGGGUUCUAACGAAUCACCAUCACCUUCACGUUUGUCGGAGAAUACUUCAGCUCUCGCGCAUGAAAUUCUAUCACCGCCCUUUAACAUACCGUCUUCCGAAACUACUGAUUCCCAUGACUCGACGAUGUAUAAUAUUUUAGGAAUUCAUUUCGUGCAUAGUUUGGUUCAUUGUUUUCAUUUUAGGCCUGAGAGGCCUGCUGACCCUGCGAAUUUGAGAUCUCGUUUUCGUUCUUCUGCUGAUUUGGUUCACAGGCUUUUCGUUUGCAUUGCCGGUGUUGCGGAUCAGUUGCAGACAAAUUAUCCGUCGGAUGUGCGAAAAGUUUUAAAAAUGGUGUUGCAGCCAAACGAGUUAGUUCCUGUGUAUGAAGUAAGUGUGCCAGGGAAAACUGCGUCGGUUCCCGAAAAUGAAGAAGAAACGGGCGUUGAAGUUCAAGAAGCUUUACCACUUCCAUCUUUUGUAGGAGUACGUUGGGUACCUGAUAGCGACUGUGAGCAGUGUACAGCAUGCGGAGUACCUUUUACUUUAGUACGUCGUCGACAUCACUGUCGCAACUGUGGGCGGAUUUUUUGUUCACGUUGUUCUGCCAAUUCCCUGCCACUUCCGGAAUUGGGGUACGAUAGAAAGGUAAGAAAUGGUUUUCGUAUCCCAGACUUGUUUUCUACGCUCUUUCCCACUCACUUUUCUUUUUUCUUGGACUAUUUUCUUGUACGUUUUACAGAUACAACUUCUACAUAG